AAGAAAAAAAUAAGUGUGUAAAUGAAACUAAAAAACAAGCACAAAUUUCAAUGAACGACAUACUAACCCAAAAAGGUGAAAGCCACAAUCCAACAAUAAAUUUUAUGCUGACACCAACAACAAGGAUUCAAUUGCAUCGACUUCAACAACAAGGAUUUAAUUAUAUUGACUCCAAUAAUGAAAACUCAACUACAUACUUAGAAGAAAAAGUAGUAGUUAGUAAAACUUAA